AUGCCCUCUGAUGACUUGACGUCUGUGACCACACCCGCAGACUUUGAGCCGCGUCGAUCGGCUCGCGUGCCAACGGCGAGAUUCCCAAAUCCUGGAUCCAUCAAGUUGGCUACAUCCAAUGACGCCGCCAGGUCUUCGGAGAAACAAUCACUGGAAGGCCCGAUUAUAACUUCAAGCGACAGCAUUGAGGCGAUUGCUAACCCCGAGUCUUCGACUGAUGUCCGGAAUUCACACCUUACCCCCAGAGCUCGUGCCAAACCUGCUGCAAGGUCUGGCAAAGUGAAGAAAGCUACCACAGCCAAUAAGCCUCCCAAGGCAAAGGAAACAACCCGGAACGCUGCUGUGAGAGAUGCUAUUAAUGAGGUCGCACAAGAGAGCAUGAAAUCCGAGGCUUCUGAUGAGCUUCCCCAUAAUCUCGGCAAAAUUCCAGGCACACUUCCAACAACCAAGAUUCCUGUGGGACCAUCUGACGGUACCAAUAAGGAAAAUCAAGAGCUCGCUGCCACAAUGUCCGACAAUACACUAGCCGAUCAUCAACCAGUUGACGCUGACGCGCCUUCUGCCCCUGUGAAGCAGGAAUCCGAGGACGCAAAAGAAGGCGCAGGUACUCCAAUCAAGAAGCCGCGUACAUCGUAUGGCUUGGUAGCUGGCAAGACGCCCUUCCCCACUUUCAAGCAACCAACUGUCGCGCAGUGUGAGGAGGUCAAUCGCCUGUUGAGUGCAGCUCAUGGUCAAGUGACUAAGCCCAAAACUGUUCCGGAGCCUUCACUCACUGUCACUGGUUGUGGUGAAGUACCUUCCGUCCUUGAUGCGCUUAUCCGCACGAUUCUCAGUGCAAAUACGACAGGCAAUAAUUCAAGACUUUCUUUUAAGGGACUUGUGGAUCGAUUCGGGAUUCUUUCUGAAGGCAUCGGCAAAGGCAGUGUGAAUUGGGACGCGGUUCGACAAGCUUCUUUAGAUGACAUAUACAAAGCCAUCGAAAGAGGUGGAAUGGGCAGAAUCAAGAGCAAGACUUUGAAAAAACUUCUCGAUCAGGUCUACCAAGAGAACCAGGAACGGAUGAAAGACUUGGAUACCAAGCAAAUGACGGCAGACGUGAAAGAGCCAAAUAUGUUGCCUGAUGAGAAAGAAGAGGAACAGAAAUAUCGACAUGCCUGUGCGGACCAACAUUUCCUUUCUUUGGACCACAUCCACAAACUCUCCACGCCGGAAGCCAUCACUGAACUCGUCAAGUAUCAUGGUAUUGGACCAAAGACAGCGGCAUGUGUAUGUCUCUUCUGUCUCCAGCGGCCGUGCUUUGCAGUUGAUACCCACAUAUUCCGCCUCACUAAGUGGCUUGGUUGGAUACCUCCAAAUGCUAACGAGGUCACCGCGUUCAGCCACUUGGAAGUUUGUAUCCCAAAUCAUCUGAAAUAUCCCCUCCACAAGCUCUUGAUCACCCAUGGAAAGACUUGCCCCCAAUGCCGAGCUGGUACUGGAGUGAACAGUGCCAACUGGCAUAAAGGCUGUGAGAUCGAGCAUCUGGUGAAGCGCACCGGGUCCCGCAAGGGCAGCACUGAUUCCCACAAAGAGUCAGCUGUCCUUUCGAAGGUUGGUAACAAGAGAAAGAGGUCUGCAGUCUCGCCAGGUGCUGCAAGGACCGACCGCGAGGCUUCUGUUUCCAUCUCCCAAGAAACUCGCCGAGAAAGAACCUUACUCGCAAUGCAUCGGCACAGUCUAAGAUCCUGA